AUGUCGCCGAUAGUAGUUGAAAUAAGGGAGAGGAAGAAUAUUAAAGAAAUGAACAAGUUGAUCAGGUUUCACGCCCCCAAACUACGCAGGACUUUCCCAGACAGAAGAAGCAUUGCACUAGCACGAUAUUGGCAUACUAGCAAGAAAAUGAGUAGCGAAUCGAGCGACAUGAAAUGGAAUGAUGGGCUGACACCCUUACAGCUGAUGGUGCUCAAGGACAAGGCCACCGAAAGACCCAACACGGGUGCGUACCUGCACACCAAGGACACUGGGGUCUACCACUGUGCCAACUGCGACACGCCGCUAUACUCGAGUAACGCCAAGUUCGACGCUCGUUGUGGUUGGCCAGCUUUCUAUGAAGAGGUCUCCCCUGGGGCCAUCACGUACCACCGUGACGAGUCCCUGAUGCCUGCAAGGGUGGAGAUAUGCUGUGGGAAGUGCGGUGGACACCUGGGGCACGUAUUUGAGGGUGAAGGGUGGAAGCAACUGUUGAACUUGCCCAAGGAUUCCAGACACUGUGUCAACAGUGCUUCUCUAAACUUCAAGAAGGAAUAA